AGCUGCCUGGGCCCUGGGUGGCUCACAGAGAUCCCUCUCCAUGCCCAGGGAAGAUGGUGCUUGAGGGCUUUUCCUGCUCCUCUCCGAGCCCUGGCUCUGCAGGAUGGGCCUGAGCUCCUCCAGGGCACAGCCCAGGGUGACCAGGGUGGCCCCAGUGCCCACUCAGGGGGACGUGGCUGCUGUGGGUGCUCUGCAGGGGCUGCCCAGAGAGCCAGGCCAGCCCCCAGGCUGGGCAAAGCCCAUCUUCCAGCUGGAACUGCCUCCUCUGCGGGAGACCUGGUACGGGAGAGCCUCGGCAGGGCCCCUCUCUUGGAACACCUUGCCAGGACAGGAUGGCACCAGCAUCAUCAAGCAGCACCCACCUCGGAGGCCUCAGAGGCUUGAACCUGCCAUCCCAACACAAGCAAUCACUCCUGCCAAGCCCUGGAGUCAGCCAGGCGUGGCUGCAAGCCCAAAGCCAAAGGUGCUGGAGAAGAGGGGGCAAAGCCUGAAUCCCCUCCCUGGCAGGAGGCAGCACCUGCACAAGCUUCAGAUGCUGGACUUGACCCGCAAGCGACGAGAGGCAGAGCUGAAGAGGAAUCUCCACAGGGAGGCGAAAAUCAAUAAGCAAAACAUCAAGGAACUCAGCCCCAAGGAUGUCCUUGACACUCCCCAGAGAGGUGACAGCACCAGAAGCCCGGACCCCAUCCCUGCUGGGCACCAUCAGCGUUUUCUUGAAGACAGCCCUGGAAGCACGUGGGCUGGAGGACUCUGCAGGGCUGAACCCUCUCCAGACAGGAGGGGGAAGGUUGACCUGCGGUUCUGCAGGGAGCCACGGAGCAGGGAUCUGUUCUGGGACUCCUCCAGCACAGGUUCAGAGGAGUGGGAAGAGAGGGAAGAGAGGAUUCACCACAAACCCACGCUCGUGAGGACCAAGACAGAGAGAAUUUCCCUCUUUGAUGACUUCUUUGACAGGGAUUUCUAGUGGCACGUGCCAAAGAAACCCCGCCCAGCUCUGGAGGGGCUGGGUCCCCCCAGAUGGACAGGCUGAGGCUGGAGGCAGUGAGUGUGGAGGAGUGAGGGGAAGAUAGGAAAAAGCAGAUAUUUCUAGUUAAAAAAUACAAAUUUGAGCUAAAGGGGACAUUGCAGUUAAGUUCUGUAUGUGUCCCAGAUGCCAUUCUUGUUCUAGAACACAGUCCCCUGACUUCUAAACCAGGGAUGUAAUUGUGGCUUCUGAAAGCAUUUUAUCAGAGAAUCAUAGAAUGGUUUGCAUUGGAAGGGACCUUAAAUAUCAUCUAAUUCCAACUCUGUAAGUGCUGGAAAUGGAAUAUCUGUGAGUGUGGGCCAGUGGGAAGGACAUCUGGAAAUGAGGAGCUCACUGAUGUGGGGUGAACAAAAACCCUCUGGGUUGUGUGGCUGAAUCAAAAUACCUGGGCAAGAAAGCCUUGGAUGGAGCAGCAGUGAAAUGGGGGUAGAGAAAGGAGGAGGGGGCUGGGGAAAGUUCUGGGUUAACCCCAGAUAUCAAAUUUCAACUGAAAUGAAAUGUUUCUCUUGCCUUUGAGUUACUCAAUCCUCCUGUUUAAAUUUGGGUUAACCUUUCCUAAACCACAAACCCCAGUUCAAAAUGCAAGGUAAAAUGAUUCAUUUAGAAAGCCUUUAAAUUACAUUUUUUUCACAUUUCUAGAAUUCCUCUUUCACUUUUGUGGCUUUUGGUGGAUUAUUUUUUUUUCCAGUUUGUGGGGUUUUUUUUUGUUUAUUUGUUGUUUUGGGUUUUUUUAUUAUUUUCUUUCCUCCCUGUCCUGCACACAGAAAUACACGCACUUGCUUCAGAACUAACCUCCAGAUUUAUAUAUAAUCUGAAAAAUCUGGCUUUGGUUCACUUUUUUUCCCUGUCCAGGGUUCAGUGCUGGGGAGUGACUGAUGGAAAUGGAGAAAUCUCCAUCUUUUUCCUGCAGACACUCUCCCUGGGAUGCUGAUCAAUGCUGCAGCAACUCCCAGGGAUUUUAACAAGCUGCCCUGUUGCAAUCUGACAUUUCCAACCACAUUGAAAAAUAUGAUUCUAUGAAGGUGUCUGAUCUAUCAAAAAUGCUCUUGCAGUUUCCAUCUCACAUAAACUGAUUUUUUUUAUUAAAUUAUCUCAUUUUCCUUACAAAAUAAUUUGUUACCUGAGAGGAAACUUCACUCAGUUCUGUAUAUCCCAUCUGGUUGUCCAUGGAGGUCCAUAAAGGUCACCAAGUUUUUGGUCUCACAGCACUUAUAUAAAAGGAGAUUUCAGUUAAAUAUUAGUUAUUUUAAUAUGGCAAACUGGAUAGGAAGAGGACUGGUGAAACACAAGGGAGGGAGAGAUUUCCCCAGCAGCCCUGGCCCUAGGGAGCAGACAGCUCUGAUUGCCAGCAUCAGCUUUGCCUCUGUUUGCAGCUGCAGAGCUGACCAAGGGCAUUGACUCUUCCUGGUGCCUCCUGCUUGUCUCCCUCCCUUCCCACCUGCUCUUUCUAGAACUAGCAGGGGGGUAAAGCAUCUUCAGAUCAGCUCCUUGCUGCAGGGCAGAACUCCAGGUGUAGCAAGUAUCAUUACCAUUGUAGUCUCUCUCCUGCGGCCGCGGGGCUGUACGGGAGCCCGGCUGGGUGCCCCCAGCCCGGCCGAAGAUGCCAAACCAAGUACCGCUCCCGGAUUCCCUCCGGAACCCUGGGCAGGGGUUACUGUCUGCGGUGCAGGUGGCACAGGCGGGAUCUUGGCUACGAGGUACCGAAGCAAAGGAAGGAGGAGAGACGCCUGUAUAUGUACCAAAGAACUUUUAAUGUUCUUGCCGGCGGGUUUAGGGAUAGGGGACAAUGGGGGUCCGGACGGGGGGCGCUGCUAAAGGGAGUGGGUGUGAUAGGAGGAGACACAAAGCUUACGAAUAGCAAGGACCCAGGGCGGAGCGUGGGUUACAGCUAAGCCACUGAGGAUCACACACAGGGGAGGGGAAAAACCCCAGGGGCAAAUCAUACAUCAAAUUAAGGAAUGACUGACACAGAGAAUUCUCGAGAUAAGGGGGGUGGUCACCAUGACGGGCAGGGGGCAAGGGCGGCAGCUCCAAUAGGGAGAAACCAUUGUGAGGGAAGUACAUGGGGGGGAACCGAGGACCGAACCAUUAUUGAGUUACAAAAGGAAUAACCGAUUCUAAAAACACACAAUGCCACAUGCCAUCACAGCACUUUCAGCUGGAAACCCGAUCCUCUCAUUGUUCAAGCCAGAAGAGCAAGAUCUGAGUGAGUUCUGGUUCCCCAGGACCAGCAGAGCUCGGGACAGGUGAGGCUUGUCCUGCAUCCCUGUCCCAAACCUCUGCUCCCUCCCACACAGCUGCUGUGGGGUGUCUGCACUGUACCCUCAGAUUCCUGAUCUCCGCAGCCAGGAAAAGAGCAGGAGACACAUUUUUACACUUAUUUAAGGGAAUGAGACACCCGUGGCUGACUCACUUUCACCAGUAUUUAUCUUUAUUGAAAAUCUCAGGCAGAGCAGGAGCUGGAAAUCACAGAGCCCUAAAUCAAGCUGGAGCCUCCCAGCCAGGCUGCCCAGGACUGAGCUGCUGUGUCCUGAUUUCACCUGUUCCUGACAUCCCUAAAUGGAUGGCCGAUUACAGAAUGUCUGUCUGCUCUGUGGGCAAAGCUGCACUUUGGAGAAAGCCCACACACCAUGUGGGAUUCCACCAGAAAAACACAAAAACAAACCCCAGCACAGGGAAGGAAGAAGAAGAGGAAUCAUUUUAAUGAGAAGGAGAGCUGCUCAUGGCUAAUGAGUCCAUGUCUGCAGUCUGUGUGUUUUAAAAUGCCCCAAGAACUUAGCUGAUGAACACAGUCAGUCUGUGUGAGCUGGAAAUGCCCUGAGAGCUUCAGAGCUCAGUGUUGAGGGUGUGCUGAAAAGGUCAAUGAUUUAAUGGGCUGGAACAAUUAAUCUGGCACUUGUCUAUACACCUGUUCUCUUAAUGAUGUGACACAUCGUCCUUCUGUGUUCCCAUCUGUCAACAAUUAAGCUAUAAUUGGUGGAAAUGCCAUUUAUCUCAGAUAGAGCUGAUUAGUUUUCCAAUAAUGGUGUUGCCAGCCUUGGGGAAGAGUGCUGCCCACGGAGAAGUGUCUGUGGACCACUCCAUCCAUAUCAGCCUCUGCAGAGAGACUCUCUGAGCAUUAAUUUAUCAAUGUGCAGCGUGCAAAAUCGGCUCUUACAGAAGGGAUAAAGUCAGCAAAGCUGCUCCCAUAGCAGGGGGAAUGGCUUCCCACUGGCAGAGGGCAGGGGGAGAUGGGAUUUGGGAAGAAUUCCUGACUCUGAGGGUGGGCAGGCCCUGGCACAGGGUGCCCAGAGAAGCUGUGGCUGCCCCUGGAUCCCUGGAAGUCCCCAAGGCCAGGCUGGACAGGGCUUGGAGCAGCCUGGGCUAGGGGAAGAUGUCCCUGCCCAUGGCAGGGGUGGAACUGGAUGAGCUUUAGGGUCCCUUCCAACCCAAACCAUUCUGUGAGCCUGUGAAAUACUUCUGGGGCUCAAAACUGUUUGACUGUGCUGUUCUUGAUUGUGUCAAUUGAUCACAACCUGUGGAGAGGCAGGUGGCAUCUCAUCCUCUGCUCAUGUUUUCUGACAUCCUUCCAGAUACUGGAAAUGAAAACAUUUUCUUUGUGACUAAAGGUGAAACACAGACUUUUUUACAAACUGCAGAAGAUGGGGGUGGGGGGAAACCCCCACCCAAGCUCUCCCAAUGUGUGUUCUGCAACUCAGCCAUGGAGACUUUAGGGAGAGGCUUUCAGUCCCACUUCCAAAUGCUGGAAUCACCCGAAGGCUGAGCCAGUCCAGGCAGCUCUGGAGAGGGCAGAGCUUGGCACUCACCACAUCUGAGCACACACAGCUCCAACCCCAGUGACACCCACAGAACCCAGAGUCUGUGUCCAGCAGAGCCUCUCACCCCCUGUGCCUCCCCAGGCUGAAAAUGUGCUUUUGUGGCUGUUCCACACUACCCAAAGCUUUAAGGCAAGGCUGGACCCUUCCUGCAGCUUAGAGGAGUCUCCACCCAGGAGCUGUGCUGGAGCACCUGCUCAGCCCAGAUUCAGCACCUUCAGAGAAUUCAGAUUAUCAUUUUUCACCAAAACAGCAAAGAAUGGAGAUUUUAACACCUAAUGAUGUGGGGAUGGAUAGCAGCAAAUGGUCCAGCCCCUACAGGAGAUGUAGGUCAGAUCCCUGUCCCAAAGGACAUUGGAUGUCCCCAGGGAAAUGGUUAUAGGAUGUUUUUGUCAAGCAUGGCCAGAGCAAGCUAAGUUCUUUCAGCUCAGGAUUAGCUGAACUGGUUUUGCUGAAAUGUGAAAUCAAAGUGAUAAUGCUCAGCCUGAAGUCAGCACCAGCCUGGCAAAAUCAUUAGCAAUUAAAUGUACAAUUUAUAAGAGGAAAUGUCAAUGAACUGCACUUCUGUAUUUAAAAAAGGAGCCAGCUGUAACAUCUCUGAUACUGUUCUUGAGGAAAAUAAAAUUAAUUACACUUAGCAAAGAGAGGUGUUAGGUAAAUAAAGCUGAACAAAGCCACACUGUAACUGGA